AUGACAGAUAUAGGGCUAAUGUCAUAUUAUCUUGGCAUUAAGGUGAAGCAGUCAGAGGAAGGUAUUUUCAUCUCUCAAGAACGAUAUACUAAAGAAAUUCUGGAGAAGUUCAAUAUGAUCAAUUCUAAGCUUGCCAAAACUCUGAUAGAAACUAGGACCAAACUGUCCAAAUAUGAAGAAGGAGAUGAUGUUGAUCGUUCAUAUUUGAAAAGUUUGGUUGGGAGUUUGAGAUAUUUGACUUGCACACGACCAUAUAUUCUUUUCAGCGUUGGAUUGGUGAGUCGAUUUAUGGAAUCUUAUACAACUACUUAUUUGAAAGUGACAAAGAGAAUUCUUCAUUACCUCAAAGGUAUGCUUGACUAUGGGUUAUUUUAUUCUUCAUCUAAAGAAUUCAAGCUUGAAGGCUAUUGUGAUAGUGAUUGGGCUGAAGAUACUAAUGAUCGAAAGAGCAGUAGUGGAUAUGUUUUCUUCAUUGGUAAUACUGCAUUUACUUGGAGUUUUAAGAACCAACCUAUUGUGACAUUAUCCACUUGUGAGGCAUAA